AAAGCAAACUGAGUUGAAUAUAGAAUUGUUCAAGUCUUUCUCUUUUUCUUCGACUCCAGAAGAGAAAAAUGGCUCACCACGCUCGCUCAAACAGUUUUCCCUCAAGAUCUCACCGCCUAACUUCAGAGGUUGAUGAGCAUUUAAUCAGAUUGGCAUCAUCUGAAUCUGCCUCAACCUCAUCAUCUUCCCUGUACCAAAAACUCAAUGACCUUCAAGAUUUACAGGAUUGUAUCCAGAAGUUGCUUCUUCUGCCCCUCAACCAACAAGCUCUAGGCCAUGAGCAGCAAAGGAAAUAUGUUGAUGAGCUGUUGAAUGGAUCUAGUAGGCUCAUUGAUGUCUGCACUGCUGUCAAGGAGGCCUUGUUGCAAACCAAGGAAUGCACUCAGGAACUUCAAUCAGUUCUGCCCAGAAGGCGGGGAGCUGAAAUCACACAAGAGGUUAAGAAAUACUUAGCCUCCAGGAAGGCAGUGAAGAAGACAGUUUUGAAGGCCUUGAAGAAUUUGAAGAACAAAGAAAACAAAUGCAAUGAAACUGGAUCAGUACUUAACAUCCUCCAUGAGGCACAAGCAGUCACUCUCAAUGUGAUGGAAUCCUUGUUGUUCUUUGUAUCUGGACCACAGGCAGGAUCAAAAACAAGCCGCCGGUCAGCAGUUUCAAAGCUAUUGCAGAAGAAAAGAAUAGCGUGUGAAGAAGGAGAAGAGAAUGAAAAUGAGAUCACCAAUGCUGAAGCUACACUGCUCUCCAUCAUUGGAGGCAAGCAAGCACUGGAAUUGAGAAUGCACAAACUGAACUCCAAAAGGUGGAGUUAUGCAUUCAAGAUCUUGAAGAAGGGCUUGAAAUCAUCUUCAGGCAGUUGAUUAAAGCUAGAGCCACCAUUCUUAACAUCCUCAACCAUUAGAUCAAAAAUAUGCUUGUAUAUGAUUCAUCAUAUAUGUAUUUGAAAAUACAAAAAUAUUCUUUAG